GGCAGUGACGGCGGCUGCGAGGGAGGACCGCGCGCAGUUUAUUUUAUGAGAAUAAAUCCGGCCAGCGCGGCGAGAUGAUGAAGAUGUGAGAGAAUGCCACCUUGUGUGUUCUUAGCAGCCCCUCUUCGCUCUCUACAUCUCAAAAAUAGUCCAGGGGUGAUUUCCUCCGAGGAUCAGCAGUGAGCAGCAGUCGGCCUCCGGUGACACUCGUCGUUCGUUCCUGUUUUUUUAGGCCAAAAUGUUUUACAUUUUUACGUCCUCUUGCAAAGUCCUCUGCUUUGCCAGCUACGUCUUGGCCACGUUUCUGCCAACAGCGGCGAAUUCCUCUGACGAAGAUUACCACAACCUCCAGAAAAACGACAAUGGAAGUAAUUUGCAUGAGAGGGCGCGCAAAGUGCUGGAACUGACUUGGAGAACAACACACAUCAAGCCUGGUUGGCGCAGGGAAAAGAGGUCAGACGACGGCGACAUCAUUGAGUCCCGCCGGGGCCCAAGCCGCAGGAUUUUCAGGCUGACGGCUCGCAUUGAGCUUCCACCGAGGAAGCUCUUAGAGGAGCUGUUCCACAAAAUCGAACAGGUGCCUAACUGGAAUCCGACCAUAGUGAAAUCCGAGAUUAUUCAGAAAAUUGAUGAACACACCGACAUUACUUACCAAGCGACCUCCAAAAUUGCUGCUGGUAUCAUCUCGAGCCGCGACUUUGUUGUCUUGCGCCAGUGGGCCGAGAAGGAAGGGCACUUUAUUGCCGCCGCAAGAUCCACGUCAAAUAAUUUCAAACCGGAACAAGAUGGGAUCAUUAGAGCACAUAGUGGUCCCGGCUGCUGGCUGAUCAGCCCAAUUGAGCAUGAGCCCAACGCUAGCAAGAUCCAGUGGGUGAUGGACACGGAUUUGAAGGGGUGGCUGCCGCGCUUCGCCGUUGAUAGAGCGUUUCCAGGCGCAAUGGAGGAAUUCAUGACUCAUCUCAGGAAGCACGUUCGUGAGCUGAAUAACAACAAAUGAAGGAGGCUAAUCGUUCUAUUUUAUUCGAUUGUCUAUUUUUUCGUAUUCUUGUCUAUUUUUUCGUAUUCUUACACUACUUGAACUGAAGAUUUAUUAAAAUAUCUCUCGAUCUCAUUAUUAGAGCGUUCAGGUAAAGUUGUAUUUUGCAUAUAUUUUGGGUUUUUCAACGAUUAAAAUGCUGCUUAAAGGCGAUAAAAUAAGA